AUGCAAUACGUCCCCUUUAUCUCUGACAUAGAAAUCCCUUUCUACGCCUCUCUCGCUCGCCAGAAGAUCGACCAUGACAAACUCGACUCAUCACCGAAGCCCAUCCGUGGACUCUACGAAAUUCGUCCCAAUGAUCCGCGCGAACAAAGCUGUCGCAUGCAAAUUCAUGGCAAUGCGCUUAAGGCUACAGCAACAACAGAUGCGCCAAGCACAACAACGUCAAACACUAACACAUACCACGCGCCAGGAACGAUACGCAACGUGAACACGAUCGAGGACUAUCGCAAUCUAGAUAAGUCCGCCUUAAUCCAAGCAGCAGGAAAAAAGAUCUGGGACGCGAUUAAUGAUGAUAAUGGAAGCAUUUACGUUGACCCUUCGAUUCUUGCAAGUUUCCUGGUAAUAUCUUUUGCGGAUUUGAAGAAAUACCGCUUUAGUUAUUGGUUCGCAUUUCCAGCAUUGGUCAUGGACCCGCCUUGGGGUCCUGUCAUGGACGAUGCUGUGGCCGCGAGCACGAAGGGCACAGAGUAUGUGCCGAAAGUGCUAUCGACGACCGAAAGCGGUGCGUUGGUAGAGGAAGUGGAGGCAUGGAAGGAAAGUGUGGACGGUAGACAGCACGGUUUCUUUGUCGCAAAGAAGUCGAGACGGUCUGGAGGGAAGACAGCAAAUCAGCAGCGAGGGGAGCAGCAGCCACAGUAUGCAUUCAGUCAGCUGGGGUUUAGAUGGGUCGUUGAUUCGCUGGCUGCCUACGAAAAGGGCUUCUUCGAGGGAGAAUACAGCGAUGACUGCUACGUUUGUUUUGCUGACCCAUCAAAUUACACAUCACAGGGCGGUCGUGCGGCACCAGGAUGGAUGCUUCGGAAUUUGCUUGCUCUUGUACGACAACGGUGGAAAAGAGACAGGAUGCAAAUUUUGUGCUACAGAGAGACAGUUGGAAGACGCGAAGCAGCAAGGAGUGUAGUCUACGACAUGGAAUUAUCAAGACCGAAAGACAGAUCGAAUUCCUCGUCAUUGCAGGUGUCAAUCCCUCCAUCGGAUAUGCCAAAAGUCGUUGGCUGGGAACGAAAUGCAGCGGGGAAGCUGGCAGGACGUCUUGCAGAUUUGACAGAAUACAUGGACCCAACCAAAUUGGCAGACUCAAGCGUCGACCUGAAUCUCAAACUAAUGAAAUGGCGUAUAUCACCAAACCUGGACCUCGAAAAAAUCAAAAACACGAGAUGUCUUCUGCUUGGCGCGGGAACAUUGGGCAGCUAUGUGUCGAGGAAUUUGCUCGGAUGGGGUGUGCGGAAGAUAACUUUCGUGGACAACGCGACCGUAUCGUACUCAAACCCUGUUCGGCAGCCACUUUUCAAUUUCCAGGAUUGUUUGAAUGGCGGCAAGCAGAAGGCAGUACGGGCGGCCGAGGCUCUGAAAGAGAUAUAUCCCGGUGUUGAAGCUGAAGGGCAUGUCAUGUCUGUACCUAUGAUUGGUCAUCCAGUAACUGAUUCAGCCAAAACCAGAGGGGAGUUCGAGAAAUUGCAGAACUUGGUGAAUGAGCAUGACGUGAUCUUCCUGCUAAUGGACACCAGAGAAUCUAGAUGGCUGCCGACUGUCAUGGGAAAAGCAGCUGGAAAGACUGUAAUGAAUGCGGCGCUUGGGUUCGACACCUAUGUAGUGAUGCGACAUGGCUCGAAAGUGGAGAAGGAUAGCCAGCAAGAGCUUGGGUGCUAUUUCUGCAAUGACGUGGUGGCACCUCAAGACAGCAUGCAAGAUCGUACACUCGAUCAACAGUGUACGGUGACACGCCCUGGUGUUGCUGCGAUAGCAUCUGCAUCACUCGUCGAGCUUCUUGCUUCCGUCUUGCAACAUCCUGAUGGGGCACGAGCAGCAGCCCCAAAAACAGCCAAUGAUGAUCGUGGUGAACAUCCUCUCGGCUUGGUACCGCAUCAAAUACGUGGUUUUCUAUCCAAUUUCACAAGUAUCAAUGUGAUAGGACAAUCCUAUGACUGCUGUAGCGCUUGCUCAGAUCGUGUGCUCGAUGAGUACAAGCAAGAUGGCUGGAUAUUUGUGGAAAAGGCCUUGAACAGCAAAGACUAUGUUGAAGAGCUGAGUGGCCUCAAGGAGGUUCACAGACGUGCCGAAGCUGCUGCAGCUGAAAUUGAGGCUGCUUUUGAAGAGGGCGACGAUGAUCUCGAGGGUUCGGAAGGAGAAAUGCUAUGA